GGCAGGAGAGUGUGAUGGUCGGCGGAGAGAAGAGGAAAAGAAUAAAAAGAAGAGAAUAAAAAGAAGAGAAGCUCACAGUCCAGGUGCUCCACACAGACAGGUGAACUCAUCCAGAUCUGCGCUACCUGUCUGUCUGUCUACCUGUCUGUCUCACCUGAGGAGAGCAGUUCGCCACGAUGAUCCGUCCUCUGCUGAUGUGUUUCGUCCUCUGCGUCGUCUCCGGCGACAGCAAACCCACCGAGCAGAAGAGUCGCGUCCACGACGAGCCGCUCAGCCACCUGGAGCACGACGACGCCAAGAACUACGACUACGACCACGAAGCGUUCCUGGGACAGGACGCCAAGACCUUCGACCAGCUGCCACCUGACGAGAGCAGGCGCCGCCUGGGCAUCAUCGUGGAUAAGAUCGACGUGAACAGAGACGGUUUUGUGUCUGAAGAGGAGCUGAAGGUUUGGAUCCGAAGCGCUCAGAAGAAACACAUCUACGACAGCGUGGAGCAGCAGUGGAAAGACUUCGACAUGAACGAUGACGGCGUCAUCAGCUGGGACGAGUACAAGAACGUCACCUACGGCAGUUACCUGGACGACCCUCAGGCGGACACGGAGUAUAACUACAGUCACAUGAUGGCGAGGGACGAGAGGCGUUUCAAGGUGGCCGACACAAACGGAGAUCUGAUCGCAGACAAACAGGAGUUCACUGCGUUCCUUCAUCCUGAAGAUCACGAGUACAUGAGAGACAUCGUGGUGCAGGAAACGAUGGAAGACAUCGACAAGAACGGAGACGGUUUCAUCGACCUGAAGGAGUACAUUGGAGACAUGUUCACGUCUGAGGACGGAGAAGAAGAACCGGAGUGGGUGGCGUCGGAACGCCAGCAGUUCGCCGAGUUCAGAGACAAGAACAACGACGGAAAGAUGGACAAAGAAGAAACUCUGGACUGGAUCCUCCCGUCUGAUUACGACCACGCUGAAGCUGAAGCCAAACACCUGCUGCACGAAUCCGACAGCAACCAGGAUGGGAAACUGACCAAAGAUGAGAUCCUGAACAAGUCGGACGUGUUCGUGGGCAGCCAGGUGACGGACUUCGGGGAGGCGUUACUACGACACGACGAGUUCUAGAGACGCAGCAGAUUCUGAAAGAGAAAACAUGACUUUACUCAUGUUUCUAUUGAAUAAUUUAUUCUGUUUACAUUUGGAGAAAGGUCAUUUUAUAAUAUUUUUCUAGGACUUUAUAUUGGGUCCAUGUUUGGUAUUGGUUUUCUUUGUACUGGGCUCACACUUUAUAUUUUCUGGUUUUAUAUAUCUAUCAUUUUUGUUUAUGAUGCCACCAAGUGACAAAAGUCAUGGACUGUUUAUGAAUAAACAUGUUGUUCUGCUGUUCGUUUUGAGUAAAGCAUCUCUUUACUAACAAA